UGCUUAGAAGGUACCCGAACUGCGGAUUUGGAGGAUAUUGUGACCUGGAUCCGGGACGAUGUCGAUACGCGCUGCGUUUGUUGGCUGAACAAUGUCUGGGUGCGGGAAAAAGUACCAUAGCAAGGAGCGUCGCGCAUUGGGCCGCAGACAAGGGCAUCCUUGGAGGAAGUUUCUUUUGCUCUAGGAAUGAUUCGCAACAAAAGGACGCUGGACUUGUCGUUCCUACUAUUGCUUUCCACCUCUCUGAACUCGAUAUUGCAUUUCGUCAAGAGCUUGUUUCUGUUGUGCGGCACUGGGACGGCAUUGAUAAGGAAACGCCGUCUCAGCAAUUGGAAAGGCUGGUAAUCAAACCACUGUUGACCAUAAACCGUCGCUCCGACCCUCUCUUACUUAUUGUUGAUGCAUUGGAUGAACGUACGGAUGCGAUCGCUAGCCGUGAGCUGAUUCUGGGUUUUCUAUCCCUCCCUCAUGACCGGCAUGACUUUCGAGGCUUGAAAAUAUUGACAACAAGCCGCCCCGAAAUCCCUGAACGUGAGGCUUUCCAGUCGGUUCCAAGUGCUCGAUGGAAAGAUAUCAUCCUGCAUCGCAUAGACGGACAUGUAGUCGACGCUGACAUACAGAUGUACCUUCACGCCAAACUGCUCACCUCGGUUCCGAGUCCCCCCAUCUCUGGAGAGUCGGCGACGAGAAACAGUUGGCCUCCAGAACAUCUUGUAGAUCAACUUGUCGAGAAAUCUGCUGGAUUAUUCAUAUUUGCAACAAACUGUCUCUGAGAGUCAUAAUGAGGGGGAAUAUGGCUUAGACCAUCUAUAUCGAAGGACCAUAUCCGCUGCUAUCAAAGAUCUUCCUGAUUCAAAGGUCAACAAUCUUCGGACGGUUUUAGGAACGGCCCGAAACCAUGUUGAAGGAAUGCUUUCUCGCUUUCAUUCUGUCCUGGUCAUUCCUUCAAACGGUCAUGACUUUGUCCAUCUCUUCCACUCUUCUUUCAGAGGCUUUAUCCCGUCGAACACAGGCUGU